AAAAUGGGUGUUUGUCACUAGUUGAUGCAGGAUUUUUGACAGAUUCCCCUAAAAGGCCCCCUAAAGAGCCAGUAGGAAGAGAUAAAACCACAAGAUAUUUAUGGUCAUUGUUAGGGAAAGUUGUAAGACAAAAUCAAGUUUUUGUUAAUAAAGCUUUGCCUAAAGUUGUUCAUCCUUUUAAAUAUGAUGAUUGUGAUGAGGCUGUAGGGGAAGCUACAAAUGAAUGGAUUUGGAUAAAUAUUAAAACUGGAUAUCCUUCAUGGAUAUAUUGUAUGUAUAAUAAAGAGAAUAAAAUAUCCAUUCCUGGAACUAAAUAUUAUAUUUCAGAUUGGAGUAGUAAUUUUCCUGAAGGAGAUUAUAGAACAUAUUUAAAGUUAGGCUUGCUAUACCCAUGGAAUGAUACCUAUAUUCCCCGUCCAUUAAAGAUAAAUAGAUGGAAUAAUCAUGGAUGGGUGGCUCCUAUUUAUACUUUUGUUUAUGAAAAUAAAACCUAUUAUCAAUCUCAGUUAUGGAGAUUGCCCUUAACCACUCGUAAAAUAACGCUAAUUAGAGCUACUACCCAUGUGGAAGAGUAUUAUAUUCAAGCCUGUGUGUUAUCUCCAUAUUCCUUAUUGCUUUCUAAUGAUAGUGAAAAGUUGCAAAUUAUGCAGUAUAAUAUGAGGUUUUAUAUUACUUGUCAGCAAUGUAUAUUAACCACUUGCAUUGUUCCUGAAAUGAAUGUAUCAACCAUAAUGGUGUUAAAAAGACCAGCUUAUAUUGUGCUGCCAGUAGCGCUUAAUAAAUCUUGGUAUACAGAUAUAGGGGCGGAAAUUAUAAGACAGGUUGGAGAGCUCAUACGGCCAAAAAGAUUUGUGGCUACUUUGAUUUUGGGAAUUUCCGCCUUAAUAGGAAUAUUAAGCUCUUUUACUGUCGCAACAUAUGCUUUAGUGAAGGAAGUGCAAACAGCACAAUAUGCUAAUGAUUUAUCAAAAAAUAUAUCCUUGGCUUUAGCAACCCAGGAAGCAAUAGAUAGAAAGUUAGAAACUAAAGUUGAUGCCCUUGAAGAAGCAGUUUUACACAUUGGUCAAGAACUUGCUGCUUUAAAAAUUCGCUUAUCUUUAACAUGCCAUAAAAAAUAUUCUUGGAUAUGUGUUACUCCUUUAAAAGUAAAUUAUUCUGAAUAUUCUUGGGAACAAAUUCAAAUGCAUAUUUUAAAUGUAUGGAAUUCUAGUGAUGUGGGAAUUGAUUUGGAACAGUUACAUAAGCAAAUUCAUGAUAUUGCGGCCUCUCAAUAUGAUAUGAAUCCCUCUAAAGCUGCUGCAGAAUUUUUACAAAAUUUACAAAGUUAUUUUAAAAAUAAUUCCUUUAUGCAUAUUUUAAUAAAUUAUGGGGCUGCCGGAGUGGUUAUAAUUUUGCUUCUUAUUUCUUUUCCAGUCAUUAUCCGAUUAAUUCAAACUGCCCUUCAAAGUGUAUACAGAACCAAAGUGGAAUUACAUACUGCCUUUUUAAAAAAUAAAAAAGGGGGAGAUGUCGGGAGCCACAUAGGAAGUGCCUUUGAGUUACAGCACAGACGAGACCCGUAGUGUCAAGCAAAGUUGAUGCUAUCGGACAUAAAUAUGGAAAAGCAAAGCUCUCGUUUGCAAAGCUUCCU